GGAAGGGUGUCCAGCCUCCAUGUCGAACGUAGUGUAACUACGGUAAACAUUACGGGCGGGUCUUUCCUACCGUCGCAGUCGAACUGCUUUCGGAUCCGCAGCCUCUCUCCGGUGAAAGAGACGAACUAGGCCAGAUUCUGACUUGGAUCCGAAGCGAAACAAAAGUUUUAAUGGGUUGGUCACGGAAACUUUUGUAGAAUUUGAUUACGCUUCCCGAAAGAUCGAUCGUUAAUGAGAAUAAUUAACAAUGUUAAUUUCAUAAGGUUAUAGAUCAUUAAUAUUAUGAAUUUUUGUCAGCAUUUUUUUUUCUUAAAUGGAACGACAAAGUCUGUGGCAGAUGCUUUAUGAACGUGCGAAUAUUAUUUGUUAUGAAAUCGGGUUUUACAUUUAAUUAAGAAGAUUAAUCUUCAGUGUAUUAUAUCCGGCAAUACAGUAACUUGCAACAUUUAAGCGAAUUCUGAUUAGAUGGCUGUUUAGGAAUUCAUAAUUUAAUUAGAAUCAACGGAUGGACUUGACUUUUGGCUUGAUCAGUUCAUGUAAUAAAUAAACAGAUGUUUAGAUCACUAUUCAUCUCCGUAUCAAGAUAAUUUGGAAACCGCUUUUCCUGAUAUUAAUUAAAAUGAUUUACGUUAUUCGGCGAUUGUAACAAGCGAGCAUAGCACCGACUGGAACGGAAUAUAUCCGAAAAGGAACGAAACGGGAAACGAGAAUCAUCACCAGCGAAACCAUAUUCGCUGAUACUCUCUCUUCUCCCGGACACCCAUUGAUGUCUCUGAUUCCAGCAACCUCGCCGACGCAUACCGGGGGUUGAUUUCCACUGGGACGCUGGAAGAAGAAGAAGAGGAAGAAGAAGAAGAAGAAGAGGAAGAAAAAAAAAAGAAGUAGGAGGAGGAGAAGAAGAAGCGCUUUCGCUUACCUGGAAGUUACUAUCGGUUAUGUAGUCAUUCCAUGGCCCUGGAAGAAUCGAAAGGGAGAUUCCGUGAUUCGCCUCAAAGCCGUUAGCCAUUUGCUUAUCUUUCCAGCGGCGCAAUAAGGAUUUUCGCAUUACCUGGACGAUACUGGUUGCUAAAUAAUUAUUUCGAAAGCCCUUAAAACGUAAAGGUGGUGUCCUGUGACCUUUACUUUCAAAACAGGAAGUCCUUUGAGUAUUUUUCCUUUGUAUGGCGGGAGAAGAAGCUCCUUCGUAGGACCUAAAAAUUGACAAUGGUUAAGUAAUCCUUUCGUGCCCUCAACUCGAAGGAAUAUCCUCUGCUACACUUGACUGAAAACUUGAAGUCCGUCGAGGAGUCCCUUCAAGGAUAUCUCCGUGGUCUAACGGUGGAAGGAGUGCUUGGAAGUAAAUGGCGGUUAGGUAACCGUUUUAAAUCGUGAAGUCGAAGGGAGAACAGGUGAUAUCCUCAUCUUCAAUACUAGAAAUCUUUCCAUAGCUUUUUCUUCGUCCAGCCGUAGAGAUGACGACGCUUAGAACCCAAGGAUACCCUGCGAACCAGGAGGAUUACCGAGAGUGCUUGGACGGCGUUUCCGUGUCCUGAAGAUGGUUUGCAAGCAGGUUAGCAUUCAUCUGACCUUGUCCGAGUCAGUUUCCGCGAGUUGAUUUUUGGGAGUAUGAGAAAAGAUUAAAUAGACCCAGGAAAGGAGAGGAGAUAAUUUCCAUAUAGAGUAGUGUUAAAAAUAAAAAGAUAACCCGAGUAACUGAAAUUCAAAGGAUCUGCAGGUGAAAGAAAAACAUUUAUUUGACAAAUGGAAUCUCUUAAGUAUUUUGUGUUUAGUUCUGAACUCUAGUCCAAUGCUAUAAAAAAUUUGAGUAGUAAACAAAAGAAGAUAACAUCAAACUGCAUCAUAUACAAGCAGGAACUAAAUAAAACCGCAGCGUUGACGAAAUAAAUAAAAAAAUAAAGUUAGAUAUACAUAGGUCACAAAAUCCCAGAGCAACAUCGGAUAAUCAUGGCUCCUUUGGCUACGACGAAUGCAAGUCAUUACUUAGUGGUGAUGAUGACACUAUUGUUCUGUACGGGGUCCUGCAGUGAAUUGCCGGACAGGGAAUGCUGCGAUUCGGCCCCACCACCCCCACCACACUAUAACACAGUGACCCCCACUUCGACAACAACCACUACACAACCGCCUUCUUACGCUAUGGCUCCCGAGCAAGAGCCCCAGACACUGAACUGCAUGAUGGCCAAGCAGAUGUGCGACGAGGACUCGAACUGCUCAGCCAUCCUCAAGGUCAUUCCUACUCUCUGCGGACCAGAACUAGUGGCCUGUUCGACGGUGACUGUUUCGAGGUGCCAGGCAGCUCUGCGUUCCCUGGCGGGCUUCCCGUGGUUCCAGCCGACGUGUCUGUGCAAAGAGCCCCGACUAGAUCCACAAUGCAACGCCUUCAGGGACCUUCUCUUCGAUCAUCCCUGCGUAUUCGUCGAUAGGAAAGAAGUGGACAUGCAUCCCCUGAAAUACAUACCGACGUGUGAGCAGGCAGCGGAGAUUUGUCGUAAGAAUCCUUGGUGUAAGAAUAGAUUGGAAAUAUUCAGGUCUACUUGUAAGUUCCGCGACGGCCGUUGCCGGAAUAGUGACAGGGAGGACUGCCUGAAGGCUUGGCUACAGCUACGAGAAACACCUCUCUUCGGGUGCAUCUGUCCAGACAAGCAAGAUAAGAAAUGCGCGCGCCUCUACGCGCUUGUGAACGAAAAUCCGUGCGUCGGAAAGAGUUACCCAGCGCGCGUGGCGGCCAUGACGGCUGCCUCUGAGGUCUUGAAGACUGCCCUGACGAAGGCAAUGCCAGUGCCUUCGGCUGCUGCCACCCUUCUCAUCAUAUCCUCCUCCCAAGUCGAACCUCUGUACCCUCUCUCCACUAUCCACAACCACCUGCAGCCUCCUGUGUCAGACAUCAUCAAGACGGACCACAGUAUCUCUUUGGCCCAGCUGAAACACAUCGCUGGCACUUGUCAAUCGGCGCUUGAAUUGUGUCAGGAGAAUUCUGCGUGUAAAAGUCACUUGGAGAUGUUAAAAAUGAGUUGUGAAACGACCCGCUGCCACCCGGCUGCCUGCAGAAGCUCGAUCCAAGACAUCUACAAACACUUGCUCGAGACAGACAACGACUUGGCUUUGAAGAUCGCUCUCUGCGUCUGCAGAGGUGACAACAAGCACAGUCAGACAGAGUGCAUCAGAGCCCAGCGGAUUCUUCACCCACCCUGCGCAGAGACUGCAGACCAACAGACCGCCGGCCAGUGCAACAAACUUGGAAGUCAAUGCAGGAACGACAGAGUCUGCAGAUACCGCCUAGAAAACUACGAGCUCUCGUGUGCAGCCGACACAAUGACAGGCCGCUGCGCAGGCCAGCACCAGCAAUGUACCACGGCCAUGAUGGGACUCCUGGGGACAGAUUUGCACACUAACUGCGUUUGCAAAGGCAACGCCUUCCACGACAUCAACCACUGCCUUUCGUGGAAGCGCCUCCUUUGGGGCAAUCCAUGCGUGGUCGAGUCCCAGUUGACCUACCAUCUGGCCCAGCUGGGUAUCAGAGCCGACAUCCUACUACCUGACCCAGUUGCCCCGACGCAAGAUAACCCGAAGAACUACGGCAGCAACAGUCACAAAUACAGCUACAACUACAACAGUCAAAAUAACGGUGUGGGUACGAGUUCCGUUUACAAAGAGGAAGAAAAAUACGCGUCAUCGCUGCACAAGGGCGACCGAAUCGACGACCACAUCCCCUACGACCCGGGGUACGAGUCGAACAGUAACCCAGUCUACGCCGAUGUAGACAUCACGGGCUGGGAGGAGGAUGGUACAAGACUCCAGGCUAGAAAGGUAGCCAGCACACCCCAGAGUGACCACACGGUGCCCCACGCUGCACCUGCACAACCAUUCUCCACGACGACCAUCAUUACUACGACUACUACGACUACAACUACUACCACAACUACUACAGUGCCCACUACAACCCUUCCUGAGCGAUACUGCGAGGUCAAACGGGACUGGGACGUCAAGACUCACAUAAUCGAGGAAGGAUCUAGUCUUAGGCUGUACAAAAACGAAAAAGACGAUUGUUCUGAACUUUGCUUCUGUGAAGAAAAUGAAAGGACGAAAUGCAAGGUACUGGAAUGCAUAGAGAACCGACCGUGUGAAACCAAUUACGCCGUCUACAACCACCGAGCCCCGGCCUACCAAGCGAUGAGGGGAGAAUGCAUGUGUUACUCAGGCGACUUCAUCUGCAAGAGACCCAGAUCAGACGAGUACCAGCUGACGACGGGGCUGUUCUUACUCUUGGGCUUCAGUCCUACAGUGGAGGCCCUUCUGAGGAAUGUCACCAACGGCGGCGCAGUCGACGCCCUAGCCUACUUAGACAAUAUGGCCAGGAUGAUUUCGAAUGAUUUUGGGGAUGAAUGCCACUUGGAGCUGUACGAAUCGACGAGCGAAAAUCUCGUUUUGCAAGUUCGAAAUUACCAGACAUCCUCAAGCAUCAGGAACGAAUCCUAUUCGUUGAACAUGUUCCAGGAGGAAAGGGACCGUUGCCAACCAACAGCGGGGAUCAUAGCGGACAUGAUCAACAACAAGGACCCCAGGAUCAGGAACGACGUGCGACUGUCCGUGUUCGUCUUGGCCGAGGUCUUGGACAACAUCCCCAGCCAACAGAAGAUCAGCGCGGGAACCCCUUCCCCGAAGGCGGGGUCCCUGGGAAGGACGCCCCUCCUGUGGGUCUGCCUCUCCUACUGGUUCUCGGUGCUAUUGGUCAGACACUCUAGAUCGAGCGGAACGCUAGUGGCCUUGUGAUAGUCGCCGUUAGAGGAAUAGUCUUUAAAAGAGAGAGAGAGAGAGAGCAUUUGGGCGAACAAAAGAGAGCGGGAAAAAGCACACGAUUAGGCUAGGCACUCACAAUCACAGUUCAUUUGUUUUACUGUAUGGUUUCGUGGGACACUUUUACGAAUAAGACUCUGUAAAUAUCGAAGCUCAUAUGGGACUCUGAGUGCGGAGAGAUGUGGCGGAUGAAUGUAAUCAAAUUCCUUGUAAAUACUUGAGCGAACGAGGGAUACAGAGCUUGUGUGUCUGCGAAGUUGCAUGCUCCCAUUGUGACAGGUAUUUCUAUUAGUGUUUUCGUAAGAAACUGAAUGCCUAUGUAGAAGACAGAAUCGCGCAAUAAAAUUAACAAAUUAA